UACGACCUGUGCACUGGCGAUAACCGCGCUGUCGGCACAUCUAUCGGAUUGUUGUGGCUGUCGGAUAUCUAUGAGCGGAAUAGCGUAUGGCUUAUGGCUGAAUGCGUUCCAAGCAUGGUCUGCUGUUGAGCUGGGUGUGUGGCUAUACCGCGCCCUGUAAUACUACAGACCGCGGCCGCAAAAUCCUCUACUAGUAGAAAUUAGCAGCGCCGUCUCCGCCGCGGUAACGGCCACCUUCGGCCGCCACUUCAGCCGACGCCGCCGUCGCUGAAGAUGCCCAGCUUGCAGCUGCUGCUGCUGCUACUGCUACCGCCACCCCGCUGAGGCGGUUGCUGCUACGCCUCAGGCGCUUCUACGGGGCCAUCGCCGGCGACACAACAACUAACGAACGAGCCACAUGAAGGGCCUUGCUCGACGCUUGAAGGUGCCGCUGACCGUUGCAAUCGUGGCUAAUACUAUGGAUCGUGAUAGUGUCACGAAAUGUUGUACGCCUGCCGACCUGCCAAGGGAAUGACGAGCCGCACUGGGCCUACUCAAGCGGCUACGUCGAAACAUGAUAGCGACAUGCGGCUGACACAAGGCUAGAACUAUAUCGACCACAGGCGGUGGUUGAGUGAAAAAAAGGAGAACGUCGAGCGGGCAUAGUCGUACACUCGUAGGGGGACAGUCGUAGAACCUAAAAAUAUUAGCUAAAUGUUUGGUAGGAUAUGAAAACGAGUCAUAAAACGAAUGACUUGAAAUGACGUUGUAUUUACUGCACUGGGAAGAGAUUCACGGCAAGAACAAUUGUAGGGCUAAGCGUGUCGAGUAGGCGGUGGCGGCGUAAUUUUGAAGGAGGCAACGAAACCACAAAGCGGAAAUUUUUGACAGUAGCAGUGGCAAAUGUCCCGCGACUGAGUUGUCUCCAAAUAAGUCAACAUGGUGACAUGUUUACCUAUGAACGUUACGGGUUUGUGAACCAUAUGCUAUGGAAAUCGGGGGUUAGACACUGGACUCGUGCAGUAGGGAAGCCAGCUGCUUAAUACAAUCAAUGCCACCAAUGGCUGUUCCACACAUACAACUCGAAAUAUGUAAUUCAAAUUUCUCCAGGCCAUUUUAAGGCUUAGGGUUUGGGAAAAAAUUUCAUUUAAGCAUAAGCACCACAUAUGCUCAGAUGAAACGACAUAAUUAGUCCAUUAUAAGGUAGACAAACAUAUCUGUCGAUCUCUAUAUUGUCUUCCGUACGUCAUCAACAGGAUCUCUCGGAAAAAUGCCUUACUACUGUAUAUCAACAACCGACAUGUCCUUUCCGUUAGUUAUUAGUAAAUGUAGCUAUAAGAAUUGCAGCGCUUCGUUAUUAUAUUUUCGCGAUUGCAAUUACAGUUACUUCCGAUGUGACCAAACAUUUACAGCUUAGGGGGUAACGUAAGGUUGUAUGAAAUAUAUUUUUGUAACACUCACUCCGGAUGUCACUAUAACGACAAAGCAAUGCAAGGACCUCUUUAAUUUUUGUCACUACGGGCUAGAUUUUUCGAACAGGCAUAAUAGCAAAUGUCGUAAUCAAAAUUAAAAGCUAAAUCAUCUUGCCUGGCCAAUUUGAGGAAAAUGCUUCGAGGAUAUAUAAGCUCUCUAGAUUGUUGGGUUUAUACUGUAUCGUGGCUUACCAUUAUCGACUGUACAAACACAGAUUUCUGAUGUUCCGGUAUUUGAGUCAGCCAUUAUUCGAAUACGUUCUUUGUUGACGAUCAUGACGACGAUUGUGGUCAUUAAAUAAUGUAACCAGCUUAGCAGGAAAUGUUUACAGGAAGAAUUCUUGGCUAAAUUACACAUGACCGUUAUCGGUCAGAAGGGAGAUAUUUUUCUGUUAAGAAACUAAUCUAAACCACGCAAGGAACACUCCCAUGCUAUAUGCUGAAAUAAUUUUAAAUAGUUUAACUGCCUGGAUAUACACGACCCACUCUGGGGGGUUCUUCAUUUUUAACGUCGUACUAUACAACCCGAAGUGACAAUGCCUUAUAACAUCAGGUUACCGCUGCGCCACCUUCAAGAGCAGCCGUUAACUGAUUUAUCCUCUUCUUUUUUGGGUGAGCAGCUUUUCGCUUUUUCAUGCUAAAAGGAUUGAGUUCUACACAGAAAAGGAAAUGGUCCAUUUAACACCCUAUUUGUCUUAAAGAUAAGGACAUUGGUAUUUUUCAUAUCUCGAAAAUUUCAGAGCCGUUAUAAACCAUGCCGAUAACUAUACGGAAACAGUGUGAAAAGACAGGAGCAUAACUUGUGAGGUUAAAGAAUAAACUCUGUAGGGCAAAUAAGCGGACUGAUAAAUUUAUUCAGAUAAAACAUCUCUCAGUGUGUCACUAUGAUAUCUUUUCUCAUUGUCAAAUUUCAAUUAACUUAGCUUAUUUACUGGAAAUUAGAGUAUGAUUCAAAUAUCUUAGUGGUUUAAAAUGAGCUUAUGCAUGUUUGUCUCUUCGGUAGCAUAAAAUGCGAUACGUAUUACAAUGUUAUAAGCUGUUUAAAUUCAAACAGUGUCCACUCAUUUAGUUAAUUGAACCUAAUAAUUUGUUUUAAACUAUUAUACAUGUUCGUCAAUUUCGUGUGCGGUUUUUUCUAAAGAUCAACUCUUUUGUGAGAGCAACUCUGAGUAAAUAAUUAAUCCAGAUAAAAGUUGAAGAUGCUUGAAUUCGGCGCUCCCGCGAAGCAGACGCAGCCGACUUCGUCUCUUUUCUUCUCUUUCUUCGAUUUUUCAAGAUCGCCCGCACCACGAACGAGCAGAACAUAAACAAUCAAAACAGCUUUAGAAUGCAUUUAUUCAUUUGUUUGAUGCAUUUUGUUUUGGUUGUCGAAUCGUCCAAAGCGCUCUCAAUUCAGCCAGUUGGAACCAAUAUCUUCUCCGAACACCGCACGGUUGGUUUUACGUAACUAUCAAGGAUUGUUAACCCUGCUACAUUUCUGGCGUGUGUUAAAUCGAAUCCAUGCUUCACUGUCAAAAAGGAGAUUGAGAAGAUCUCAGGCUGAACCCGAUUUUCAUAUUGGGAAGGAUGCGUGGGGACCUCCAUAUAGAUCAAGACCUGUAUGGGUUGCCUGUGCCUCUAAAUGAACGAUGCCGUGAACUCGCGAAUCACCGGUUCUUUAUUCAUGGACGGGAACAACAACUUGUCAUCGAAUCCCUGACGACCGGUUGUGGAGAUUUGGAAGCAAAGACAACGAAAGUGGAUCGCUUCAAGCUGAGAUGGCAGCAUGGCAACAGGGGAGCUACAAGUUGGUGGGUCAUAUUAAACUCGUCGAAACCAGAAUUUGCGCCGGAUUUUAUCUUUAAUGACGGCUUUUUGCCUCAAAUAACCAAGCUACCGUCGCUCGCUACCUGGGACGUGCGCCGGAAGAAUGCCCUCGUUAAGGUGCUUGAAGAACUUAUUUCCGAGUUGAUACUCUACGAAUUGCGGCAGAUACCUGAAGGGUGUCGGCGCGAGUAUGAACAUUUGCUAAACAGCGCAUACGUGGACAAGCGAUUCUGUUCGGCUAGUGUGCCGCACGGUUUGUCAGAACUCGCAGAUUUCUGGAUCCGUGUGUACUUCGACAAUGAUCCUGUGCUAUUCGCUGAUCUUCGCUGCAAACUGAGUGGAGCAAUGGGGCGUUUAUGUUCGCUAACUUUGGACAUGUCGCCUAUCCUAAAAAAGGCACUAGGCCAGUUCGGGCAAGACUUCUCGGAAACUUCUUUGGAAAGGGUUGUAAGCAAGGUUUACGGGGAGAUCGCAGCGGGUCUAGAGGCAGAAAAAAGAAGCAUGACCCACCGUAGGGAAGUCCUCAGCGCAAUUUUGACUCUACAGGGUGAUUCACUGCUGGAAGCGGAUAUAGAAUGCUUCCGUCAUGCUCAUCUCCUGUUGAAGCACGGGAAGGUGUAUAUCGAAGUUCGUAUCGAGUUGCCAGCACGUUUUCGUGAGGGAAACGACAGCAUCCACGUGACUGCUGAGGACGUCUAUUAUAUGAAUUGUAGAUGCGAGAAGGAAGUCAGUGUGAACAGUGAAGCACAAAUAAACGCGUUGGAAAUCGCACAAAUUAUCAUGGAAGAAACCGAAUCGAUAACAGCCGCUACGGCUCAUAAGGUCAUAGAACUUAACUCAAUAUAGUCUAAAGUAUGAUUAGAGAUAUUUUUUACUGAUAUUUUUUACUAAAAACUAGAGCAAACGCGAUGCAUUCGAGCCACCAUUUCAAAACCAGUCGUCCGCGGCUACAUUUGUGCACUGCUAUUGAGAACAAAAUCCAAGAUCUGGUUUUUCUGUCGAUCAGCGUGACGCUCUGCUGUUUUGUAUGUGAAAUCUCGUGCGUCUUAAAUUAUUCAUGAAAUAAUUCUCUAUUUCUUGCGAUAAAAAGGUAUAGUGUUAGAUGUACGCUGCAAUAAAUCUGCGGUUCGCAGCGGUUGAGCUCUUCGAAAAGUUGAGUGAAACGCAAAAAAUAAAAAUGCAGAUGGUACUUUUUACUGUCGCUUAUGUGCUUGUUCAGCGGGUAGAACCAACGGCGGAUACCAAUAUCGAUAAUGUAGUACACGUGUGUUAAUUAAUGGUUAAAUAAAAAUGGGCAGGUGCGAUUUCAUGUACGAGAGGACAAAGCAACAUUUGUUUUUUGUUUUAGUUAUCGUUAUGAAAUGUCUAUACAUAAGUAAACAACCAAACUAUGUGAUAAAACCUACCUGUUCGCGGAUUUUUUUCUAUACGCUGAGUCCAUGCUUAAACUAUGAUAGUAGGGUUACUUUUUUCAACUUUCGUAUUUCAUGGUACCCUUUGAAAUGCCGCUACUAGUGCCGCAGUUCGUGUCCGAAUUCGCCCCUAGCUACGAAAUCAUUCAGGGUUCUGAUAGCCUAGGUCAAUGAAAAUUACCGAAAUGUGAACUGAGGCCGGGCUCAGGAGAGAUAGCGGCAAAAGUCGCUAUUGCAAAAACCUAUCUCACACAAAUAAGGAUUGCCGACGAACGUUAACGUUAUUUUUGUUGCUUUAUCCUUUCCUUAAAAUUAUUCACAGAUAUACGUUGAUUUUUAAAUACUUUUUUUCUUGCAUCUAUAAUGUAUGUACGUUCAGUUGAUACAUCUCUUUCUCUCUCUCUCUCUCUAUAUAUAAUCAUAAUAAAUAAAUAAAUAAAUAAAUAUAUAUAUAUAUAUA